UCGGUCGUCAAAUAUUGUUUACUAAAAUAAUACAUUUAAUACAAUAUUAAACACAAAACCGUACAUAAUAUUUUGUGCUCGUAUUACUUUAAUAAUAUAUUUAACAUUUUAAUAUUAGCUGAAAGAUGGUGGAGAUAAGAUUUUCGAUGUUUUACAACAAACGUCUACUAAUAAUUAGAACUAUAAUAUUAUUUAUGUUCACAUUAAUAAGUUUAUUGUACAUGACCAUGGUUUAUUUCAAUAAAAUUUUAAAUCAUGGAGGAAGGGUUGAUUGUAAAAAUUGCCAUCAGGAUUCCAUCUUAACUGUCAAUAAUACAGAUUGUACCGAUAACGAAUUCACUAGUUCAAGAUUGGUGUGGCCGGAACAGUUACCGCGUGGUGACAGAAUUAUAGAGCAAAUGUAUUACGUACCUAAAGGCUACAAAUACCUGAAGACACCAAUCAAACGGAUUUUAAUCUAUACCGGCGCCGGCGCUGCAUGGGAGGUGCCUAAAUCCGACCAGGGUGAGUUCUUUGGAUGUCCCGUGAGUCAAUGUUGGUUGACGUUAAAUAAGUCAUUGGGUCCGGAAGUUGACGCGGUGAUAUUCAGGCAUUCUUAUAGUCGCCCUAAAUAUUGGAGGCCAUCCAAUCAGAUUUGGAUUUUAUUUAAUACCGAAGCUCCAUAUUCCACUGACGUCGUAAGUGACGCCAACGUAUUUAAUUGGACAGCUAACUAUCGCUGGGACAGUGAUGUGCCGCGUCCUUAUGGAUAUUUCAUGAAAAAUAAUCCUCCUCUGCCUCAGAACGGGGAAAAAAAUUACGCUGAACAUAAGACUAAGAAAGUGGCGUGGUUCGUCUCGAACUGCAAUCCGAAUAGUAAUCGUAUGAUUUAUGUACAGGAACUCGCUAAACACAUUUCAGUCGAUGUGUAUGGCGGUUGCGGAACGCUCGAGUGUCCCCAGACACAAGGAGAGAAAUGCUUUGAGAUGCUAAAAAAUGAUUAUAAAUUUUAUUUGUCUUUUGAAAACUCGCAUUGCAUUUAUUAUGUAACCGAAAAAUUGUUCCUGAAUGCACUUAGCGUGUUGCCAAUCGUCAUGGGACCAAACCGAAGCGAUUACGAAUUAAUGGCACCAAAAAAUUCGUUCAUACACGUCGACGACUUUGAAUCGCCAAAACAACUGGCCGAUUAUUUGCACUUGUUAGACGACGACGACCGGCUUUACAAUAAUUACUUCCAGUGGAAGGGCUCGGGCACGAUAAUCCAUGACACAGGUUUUUACUGCCGGUUGUGCGCGAUGCUCCACGACACGGAACGCGCGUCCAGACACUACGAAGACGUCAACAAGUGGUGGAGAGGCCCGGGCACGUGCCACCGUUGAAUGUUGAUCAUAAAUAUUCAGUCCCGGCUCGUGUUUAAACACACCUAGGUAAAUUUGAGUUUUGCCACUCCUUACAUGUACAUACUACAUCAAAUCUUUAAUACAAAUACGUUAAAUUUUAAAUGCCUCCUCUGAAAAAUGUUGCCCUAGGCGUGAAUGGUGGGGCUACGUUGCCUGGUAGCAGGCACGUAUAUAGGGGGGUUUUUGGGGUUCACCCCCCUCCACGAAAUAUUUUCUUGUUAAGGAAAAAAUUGUUUUAUUAUGUUGCGGUACAAUUUGUAUUGCUAAAUUUUAAAACCUAACCUAACCCCUUCCUCCCCGGGAAUUUUUUUUUGUAUACGUGCCUGCCUAGUAGAUACCUUGAGCCGGGCUUGUAAAUACUAAAUAUUAAAAUAAAAGUAGAUCGUAAGUACAAAGUUAUGUGUUAUAAAUGGUAUAAUUCAAAUAUGUUCAAAAUAAAUACAAAAUAUAUACAAUUGUAUAAACUGUCAGCAGGUUAAUAUAUCGUUAUCAGUUGGAAUUUGUUUUAGGUUAAAACGUAAAUUAAUAACAAAGGACUGUGUAUUAUGAAUUAUGUAUACAAUGAAUGUGUUUUAAUGUUUUAUUUACAAUAAUUAAAAUAAUCGUAAUGACGCACUACAGGUCUACAGAGGUGGUUGGUUUAAUAUUAAUCAUACUAAUAAAGCAUUAGGAAUGCGAUAUUGUCACCGAGCGACACAUUGUUGCUUAUAUUGUAAUUUUUUAAUAAUCAGAAAUUGUAAAAAAAAACAUAGUUGCAUAUAAGUCCUAGCCCUAAUUAUUAGAGUCAGUGAAGGAAGCAUACAAAUGUAUAGUCUGGAGACGGAAAGAGUAAAAAAACGUGUUUUUUACUUGGAAUGUGGUUCACAUUAUGAGAUUUGCCUGAUUAGUUUUAAGGUUUUACGGCACUGCCUUGGGACAGAAGUAUGUAUUAGUAAAGAUAUGUUUUAUAGGGCGCUCUUUGCAGAGCUAUCUAGGCUAUGAAAUAGAAAGUCUUUAUUUAAGUAAUCCAAAUCCAUUAAAAUCAUCAUCAUACAUUAUUUUUUUUUUUUUUUAGGAGGUAUAUGAUCCUCUUUUUAUUGAAUUGGUUUGGGCAUAACAUAUUUAUACUUAAAAUCUGCUAUCUAUAAUAAUUUAUAAUAAUUCAGAAGUAGAUAAGUUAUAUACAAUUAAAUAUUAUGUAC